AUGCAUUUCUUCUCAGUUGUCGCCGCUGCUGCCACGCUCAUUGCUGGCUCCAACGCCCUCUUCAUCCCCCGCAACAUCCACGUCGCCGAUUUCCGUCUCUAUGGCGGCGAGGACUGCUUUGCCGGCAAUCUCGGUGUCUGGACUGUCAUUGACGAUGACUUCAAGAACGGCGAAUGCAAGAGCUUGAAUGAUGAAGAGGACGGCGCCGUGCCUCACUCUCUGAACCUGACGGAUAUCAACAACGGCUGCACUUUGACGGCUUAUACGGAUCUCAAGUGCACCGAGGGCACGACAGUCCUCGCCCCUCAACAAUGCUCCAAGAACACAGUCGGCUACCAGGCCUGGAGCAUGACCUGCGACUACAAGGAGUAA